AUGGCACUGUUAAAGGCAAAUGAAAAUGAAAAAAUUGAUGUGUUUAUUGGAACCUGGAAUGUACAAUCACUAUAUAGGGUGGUGGCCCUGAGGUUACUGCUAGAUCAACUGAUUAAACAAAGGCAGACCCAAUUCUCAAACUACUCGUUGAUCGAUGUACAUGCACCCACAGAAGUAUUAGAUGACCAGUAUAAAGACAACUUCUUUGAGAACCUCGAGAGAACUUAUGACAGAUACCCUGUCUAUAACACUAAAAAUGCACAGAUCGGUAAAGAAGACGAUUAUCUCCCAACAAUAGGAAAGCACAGCCACCUCGAAUACCAAAAUGACAAUGGCCACAGAGUGAUUCAGUUUGCAUUGUCGCGUAACAUGGCUGUAGGUAGCACUACGUUCCCACACAAAAAGAUUCAUAAAGCAACAUGGUGGAGACCUGAUCAGCUUACCUUCAACCAAAUUGAUCACGUAAUUAUUGAUGGCAGGCAUUGCUCAAACGUAGUAAAUGUGCAUACUUACAGAGGAGUUAAUGUAGAUUCAGACCACUACCUUGCGAUUGCGAAACUAUGA